GGUCCUCUCGGCGCUCCGAGGCCGGCCAGACCCCCACUAUGACCGCGGCCGCCGCCUCCAACUGGGGGCUGAUCACCAACAUAGUCAACAGCAUAGUGGGGGUCAGUGUGCUCACCAUGCCCUUCUGCUUCAAACAGUGUGGCAUCCUGCUGGGCGCACUCCUCCUGAUGUUCUGCUCUUGGAUGACGCACCAGUCCUGCAUGUUCCUGGUGAAGGCCGCUAGCCUGAGCAAGCGGAGGACCUACGCCGGCCUGGCGUUUCACGCCUAUGGGAAAGUUGUGAAGACACUGGUGGAGACCAGCAUGAUUGGGCUCAUGCUGGGCACCUGCAUUGCUUUUUACGUUGUCAUCGGUGACCUGGGCUCCAACUUCAUUGCUUGGCUGUUUGGGUUUCAGGUGACCGGCCACUUCCGUGUCAUCCUGCUGGUGGCAGUGUCUGUGUGCAUUGUACUACCGCUCAGCCUACAGCGAAACAUGAUGGCCUCCAUCCAGUCCUUCAGCGCCAUGGCUCUCAUCUUCUACACGGUCUUCAUGUGUGUGAUUGUGCUCCUGUCACUCAAGCACGGCCUCUUCCGUGGGCAGUGGCUGCGGCGGGUCAGCUACGUGCGCUGGGAGGGCAUCUUCCGCUGCAUCCCUAUCUUCGGCAUGUCCUUCGCCUGCCAGUCCCAGGUCUUGCCCACCUACGACAGCCUGGACGAGCCCUCGGUGAAGACCAUGAGUUCCAUAUUCGCGUCCUCCCUCAACGUGGUCACCACCUUCUACAUCACGGUGGGCUUCUUUGGGUACGUGAGCUUCACUGAGGCCAUUGCCGGCAACGUGCUCAUGCACUUCUCAUCCAACCUGGUGACGGAGGCCCUGCGCCUGGGUUUCCUGAUGUCCGUGGCUGUGGGCUUCCCCAUGAUGAUCCUGCCGUGUAGGCAGGCGCUCAGCACUCUCCUCUUCGAGCAGCAGCAGAAAGAUGGCACUUUUGCCGCUGGGGGUUACAUGCCCCCUCUCCGCUUCAAGGCGCUUACCCUCUUGGUGGUGUUUGGGACCAUGCUCGGCGGCAUCCUGAUCCCCAAUGUGGAGACUGUGCUCGGUCUCACCGGAGCCACAACGGGAAGUCUCAUCUGCUUCGUGUGCCCUGCCCUCAUCUAUCGGAAGGUCCACAAGAACGCGCUUUCGGCCCAGGUGGUGCUCUGGGUCGGCCUGGGUAUCCUGGUCAUCAGCACAUACACCACCCUGACUGUGCGUGAGGAGGUCCCUGUGGACUUCACUGAGGAGGCCCCUGUUGGCCGGCUGGUGGAGGCUGAGAUCGGCAAGAAGGCUGAAGCUGUGAGGCUGUCAGUCCAGAACCCGGUGGUGGAGGUCGCCGAGGAUGCCCGUGACAAGCCGAAGCUGCCCGACACCAAGGAAGAGGCGGAACAGGCCCAGAUCAAGGGCCCCAUGGAGGUACCUCCGAGGGGAGAGGCCAAGGAGAAGGUGGAAGAGGCGCAGCUCGACCGCCCUGGCCAAGGAGUUGCUGUGCCCUUAGGGGAGGCCCACCGUCACGAGCCCCCCAUCCCACACGACAAGGUGGUGGUCGACGAGGGCCAAGAUGGGGAAGGGCCAGAGGAAAGCAACCGUGAGUCCAAACAAGCAGUUGGGGAAGCUCCUGGAGGCCAGGAACCGGGGGUGCGUCCCCCUCCUGACGCGGGGAGAUGGGAGCCUGCGCCAGGGGCCGCCCUGCAGGAAGUGGCCGGUCCUCCAGAGGAGCUCAAGAAGGUUCCAGAGGCCCAUGGGCAGCCACCUGUGCGUCCUGCCAGUGAGGAGCUGACCGGGCCCCGGGCAGUACAUGCGGAGGACCAGAAGGCAGCGGCGGCAGGGCAUGAGAAGGCAGGCCACAUCCCGCCGGACCCCGCCGCCCAGGAGCCAGGGAAGCCAGCGGUAGAGCAGAACUUGCCAGGUGGGAAGGCAGCCCUCCUGGUGCAGAGGCCCGAGCCUCCAGCAGGGCUGCCGGCUGAGCCACGUGAGCAGAGGCACGUGCAGAGCCCACCCGAGGACAACGGGGGCAGCAAGCUCGAGGACGCUGGCCGGGUGGAGCUGCUGGACCACGCGGUGCUGCUGCAGGUCAUUCAGGAGCAGCAAGCGCAGCAGAAGCGGCUGUUGGAGCAGCAGGAGAAGCUGUUGGCGGUGUUGGAGGAGCAGCACAAGGAAAUCCACCAGCAGCGGCAGGACGAGGACGACGAGCGGCCCCAACCCGGUGGGCACCCGCUGCCGACGGGGCGAGGUGGCUGGGAUGAGCCCCCCUGCACCCGCCCGUGCUCAUGGUCAUGCACCCUUCCCUCUGCAGUGGACACGCAGGCCGAGCCGGGACCGGCGGCGCCCCCUGGGGAGCUGGGCCAGGACCUACCAGCGCAACCCGUGGAACCUGCGCCUGGAGACCUCGCAGCAGCCCCCCAAGAACGCGAGGAGCCUCCGGAGGCCGAGAACAGAGGCGCAGGCGGCCCACCUGUUGGUGCGGACACGGAGCCCCGGGCAGCCCUGGCCCAGGCUAGGGAGGUGCAGGCCGCAGUGCAGGGCCCCGCGGGAUCACCCGCGCCCCCAGGGGAGGGUCGGGGACCUCUCGGACGAGACUCUCAACAAGGGAAGAAGCCCGGGAAGGAGGUCGCUGCGCCGGGGGCGGGGGCGGAGGUAGGGCAGGUGAGUCGAGACCUAGGCCCUGCGGUGGACACGGCUCCCCAGUCCAAGGGAGGAGUGGCCCCGCGGGCUCCCGACGCAUCCGAACGCCUCCGCGCCGCCUCUGACAGGGCUCGAGGUCAGCCGCUGGGCCAGGCCCAUCAGCCGGAGGCUGGGAGGGAGGCGCUGGGAGGGGAAGCCGUGGGUCGAGUCGUCGCCCCAGAGCCCGGGCCCAAAGUGGCCGCCCCAGAUGCCCCAAAGUUGGACAACGCUAAGCCCAAUCGUGACCUGAAGGUGCAAGCCGGCUCUGACCUGCGGCGGCGUCGCCGGGACCUUGACCCAGACCCCGACCUGGGGCAGGCCGGUGUCUUCCUCAGUCCCCACCCCCUACUGGCGCUGGGGGUUGAUGGCCUGCGCAGUGCCCUGGAGGCCCAGCUGCACAAUGUGGCACAGGGGGCCGUGCAGGUGGUGCACAGCCGGCAGGUGAAGCAGGUGGCAGAGGAGGCCUGA